AUGGCGAACCAGCAGACGCGCAAGAUCCGCGUGUUGCCGACCCUGUUCGCGCUCGGCGCCUUGGUGUCUCCGCUCGCUUUCGUGGCAGCCCCUGGCAAGAGCGGUUCCGAAGUGCCACUGGCACCUAUUGCUGCUGGUCUGGUUGCCGUUGCCAAUCCCUUUCAGGCUGCCUACGCUGAGCUGCCGCCUCUUGAGGACAUCCCUCUGGAAGAGAUCGGGCAGACCCGCUCGGGCAAGCUUGACAUGGAAUCCGACACCUUCUUCGGCAUCAGCUUCCCGAUUUGGCUCUUCGUGAUCGGCGGCGCCGUGCUCUGGGCCGUGACCUGGGUCCUCAGCAUCAAGCCCGCCAAGGAUGCCGAGGGCACCUACAAGACCUACAUCGGCGGUGGAGCUCUGAGGCUGCAGUACUUCCGCGCGUCGGCCAUGAGAUAG